AGAUAUGAAGGGGCUCUCCAUCCUGCUGGGAUUCCAGAUGCUGCUGUUCACAGCGAUGCUGGUUUCAGCUGUUGAGAUGAAGGAUCGUAUAGAGAGAGGUGUUGAGGACUAUUAUGAGAGGAUGAGAAGAAGCAGUGAAAUGGAGAUGAUGGGAGACGUUAACGAGGAGAGGAGAGCUUUAGAUGAUGAUGAUGAUGAUGAUUAUAAAGGGAUGGAGGCCAGCGAGCGCAGAAAAGAUGAAAAGAUAAAGAGAGCAGUCGGUCACGUUGCUACAGACAGGAUUGAUCAAGCUGCUGAGGCCAGCGUUGAUGAGAAUAUGAGCAGCGACAGUGAAGAUAUUUCAGAUGAUGAGAGGAUGAAUAAAGUCAAGAUGAAAGAGACAAUGAAGCCUUCUGUUGAAAACAGUCCAGACGAUGAAGACAAUCUGUAUCGAGCCAGUGCUGAAGGUUCAAAAAGAAAGAUAAGAGCUCAUGAGGAUUCUGAUAACAAUAGGGUGAAUAUCGCUGGUGGGGCCAAUUUUAAAGAUAGGUUGAUAAGAGCCAUUGAAAAGAAGCAAAAAGUACAUCAUAACAAAGCCAAUGGUUGCAAGAUGAAAAAACAUCAGAAGAAAACAGCUGACAACACCAAAGAGGAAGAAAAGACGAAGACAGCAGCUGCUGAGAGUGUCGCGUAUGAGAGGAUGAAGAGAGCCGUCGAUGAUUUGAUUAACAAAGCUGCUGACAAUGAAGAUGAGGAAAGAAUGAGAAGAGCCUGGCGAUGAUGGUACCCAGG